AUGAACUAUCGUAAUAGUGGUAAUCGGCAGGGAACCCCGGUGAACGUUCACGUCAAUGAAAAUUCAACUUUGGAGCUCAAGCAAACUUACAACCAGGCACUGCUUUUGGCCCGCCAAAAUGUCCACGACCACAGGUUCAAGCUAGCCAUCCGGCUCUUUUCAGGCAUUAUAUUCAUGGGAACGCCGCAUUCCAGUGGGUCCGAUAAGGACACACUCGUGCGGUACAAUCAGGUCCUACAUAGCUGCACCAAGACUGUAGCCCCAAAGCAGACCAAGAGGCCAUCCGAAUAUGUGCGGCCGCUAGCAAUUCUUGCCAUGGAGUUUAAGAACAUUGCCGAUAUUCCCAUCCUUUCAGUGUACGAGGAUACGGCAGACCAAGAUCAGCAAGCCAGAAGGCCGAAAUACUUUGGAAGGAAAGCCAAGACAAAAAACCGCUCUUCUGACCCUCCAGAAAAACUGGGACACAAAAACAAAGAAACGACAGUUGAAGCCAGGCCUACUCAUCGAAGCUCUACCAGUCAUCCUCGCAUCACGUCCACUUUGAGCACCUCGGGGACCAGAGUGGCACCAUACUCUGGGCUUCCGUUGCAUCAGCGUCUCACGUCCAACAAUGGCCGCACGAGUCUGCUGGACACUCGGACAGCUAACUUGCCCUGCUUCAAAGUGUCCCAGUUGCCCAACCCCUACUUCGUCGGACAGAACGACAUCUUGGAGCUGAUGGACAAGCACCUUCUUCCGCCGGUGCAGCCAAGAGGGGGCUUUCAAGACGGUGACGACCGGGGGCACAUGCGCCGAUUCGCACUUUGUGGUAUGGGCGGAAUCGGUGAGACUGAUCUCGCCAUCAAAUAUGCCUACACUAGGCGGGAAAAGUUUGAUGCCAUAUUCUGGCUUCAAGCCGGGGGGGACUUACAACUGGCGUCUGAUUUUGGCAGUGUAUCAACGCAACUCGGACUACAGAUGCCAGAGGAGGCAGAAAACCUUCAGGCAAACAUAGAGGUUGCAAGGGUGUGGCUAAAUAGGCCGUGGAACCUCGACAGGCGAGAGAACGACAGCUGGCUGUUAAUUUUUGACAAUGUCGAAGAGCUUGAGACGAUAGGGCCCUACCUUCCUUCCAAUGGUAACGGAGCGGUUCUGGUGACGAGCCGUAACCCUGCUGCGAAGGACUUUCAGCCCCUGGACGGACUAGGCGUUGACCUGGAGCCCCUACCUGAGACAGAUGCAGCAACCUUGCUAUGCAGGCUAACACAGACACCAGACAGCUCGUCACAGAGUACAUUGCCGCCGGACGAGCGUGCCGCGUCUGAGGAACUAGCAGCGUACCUGGGAAGCCUACCGCUGGCCAUGACACAAAUGGCCGGGUUCAUCCGCCGUAGGCGCUUGUCGAUCCGUGAGUUCAUGGACCUAUACGCCAAAGACACUCGCUACACUGAGAUACACGACGCUGGCAGCCCACUACAGAAGCAAUGCUAUGGUAACACCCUGGCGACAGCCUACAACUUUAAGGACCUAAGCCGCCAAACUCUCGCCCUCCUCCGCGUCAUGGCCUUUAUGAAUCCGGAUAACAUCCGGGAAGACAUCUUUGCCGGGCCAUCAGGGCCACAGCAGAUGCAGGCCAAUUCCAGAGAGAGUCUACGGUGGACCAUCUCGGACUUUGAGAAAGCCCGCCACGAGGCCUCUACGUCGUCCAUCAUCAAGCGUGACAUGACAAAGAGGACGUUGCAGAUUCACCGCAUCAUUCAAGCCGAGAUUCGCGCCACUAUGAAGGACGAGGAGCAACGCUAUUGGGCUUUCCGAGAUGCUGUGACACUGCUGGCAGAGUUCUGGCCACCCGGCGACCAUAGCAGCCAAAAGAUUGUCCGCUGGGACCUUUGCGGAAGUCUGAAUGGCCGCAUCUGGAACGCUUUUAUUAUUUUUACAUACUUGCACGAGCGAGGAUUCUCGCACGAGGGCAAGCAGUAUCUGGAGCUAGGCCUGUCCCUAUGCAGUCGAGAUGGCAUUGUGCUUGAGCCACUCAUCAGCGACAUGCACCUUUGCAUGGGUGCCUUGUGCAACGAGACGAACGACACCGAGGCCUGUCUCGAGCAUAACAUCAAGUGCCUCAAUAUUCGCAAGGAGGAAGCCGCCCGAGGUAAGCCACCAGACCUACGGCUCGCAUUUGCCCAUAGCCAGAUGGGUAUCGCCUACAUGAUGGUCCGCAAGUUCGCACUCGCCACAGCCUACUUUCAACAGAGCGUUGAUAUGCUGAAGUCCAUUAACGUGGAUCCCGACGAGUUCGGCUUUCCUGCAUGUAAUCUUGGACUGGCAUAUUGGGUCCAGGGCGAGAUUGACACUACAGAUGAUAUCCUUACAAGGCUCCUGGCUCAACGAGAACAGCUACACGGAAAGCUGGACCGGGUAAUUUACAAGACUGGACGGGUUCUUCAAGCCCUUGGGAACGUGCGCGCGAGCAAGGCAAUGCGACUUGAGGGCGAGGGCAAGCAUGAGGAUGCAAGAAAAUUUUGGGAAGAAUCAUUCUUAAUCCACCAGAACUGUCUCACGCAGUACGAAUCCACUCUAGGUGAAUUUAGUCACCGCACGGCUGACGCUUUGCACAAGCUUGCGGAGCACCACAUCCGACGAAAGGAACACGUAAAGGCUCAGCGUGCGAUUUUGCCCAACGAGGAGGAGCUGCAAGAUCUUGACACUGUUGACUUUGACGAUUUGCUUGCCGACGCCUUUGUGCAUACUGGCAACCACUACCUGACGUUGCUGCUGGACGGCGCAUUAUUUCUAGCUCCCAUCUCGGAUACUGUUUAUGCGCCAUUAUCGACUGGAAAGGGGUGUGCGGAGGCGUACCGCUGCUGCAAGUUGGGCGGCUGGUAUGAGUCUGUUGAAGUAGAUGUCGAAUUCCAGAGCGAUGACGAUACAGCCAAGCUGGCCCCAGUGCUGCAGACCUUUUGGCAGCUGGUUGUCCAAGGCAUCGGAAGGCUAGGCCGGUCGGGCCGUGUAGUUAACGACGGCCUACAGGUUAAGUCGAUGGAAACGGCCGGCUUUGUCAAUAUCCAAGACAGGAGCUUUAUGCGGACCAUCGGCGGGUGGCCAGCCGACCCGAAGCUGUCCGAGUGGGCCGUGCGCAAAGCCCUGAAGGACAAGGGUGCACACGUACUACACGGUACGAGCGAGAAGAUGGCCGACAUUGACGUGGAGCACGUACUGGGGCGGCUGAGCGAUGAGGAAAAGGUGUCGCUGCUGGCGGGGAUUGAUUUCUGGCAUACCAAGGCGCUGCCAGCGCACGGAGUGCCAUCGCUGCGGCUGUCGGACGGACCAAACGGUGUGCGCGGCACGCGGUUCUUCAACGGGGUGCCAGCGGCGUGUCUGCCGUGCGGGACGGCGCUGGGGGCGACGUUCGACACGGAGCUGCUGACGGCAGCCGGCACUCUGAUGGCGGCCGAGGCCAAGGCCAAAGGUGCACACGUGCUGCUGGGCCCGACAAUCAACAUGCAGCGAAGCCCGCUAGGCGGCCGAGGGUUUGAGUCGUACAGCGAGGACCCGGUGUUGGCCGGACUGGCAGCGGCGGCGGUGGUGCGCGGGAUUCAGGCGAGCGGCGUGGUGGCGACGAUCAAGCACUUUGUGUGCAACGACCAGGAGCACGAGCGCAACCGGGUCGACGCGCUGGUGACGGAGCGGGCGCUGCGCGAGCUGUAUCUGCUGCCGUUCCAGCUGGCGAUCCGGGACGGCCGGCCCAAGGCGCUGAUGACGGCCUACAACAAGGUCAAUGGCGAGCACGUGUCGGAGAGCCGGCGGCUGCUGGCGGACGUGUUGCGCGGCGAGUGGGGAUGGAAAGGGCUGGUGAUGAGCGAUUGGUUCGGCACGUACUCCACCACCGAGGCCAUCAAUGCCGGCCUGGACCUCGAGAUGCCUGGUCCGUCUCGCUGGCGCGGCGAUGCUGCUCUUCUGGCGUCGUCGACGUUCAAGCUGCAGCCCGACGCUCUAGAUGAGCGGGCCCGCGCCAUGUUGGAGCUGGUGCGCGACUGCCACGCUUCGGGCGUGCCCGAGAAUGCGCCGGAGGGCACUAACGACACGCCCGAGACGACGGCGCUGCUGCGACGACUCGCGGCCGAGUCGGUGGUGUUGCUGAAGAACAAAGAGGCCGUGUUGCCGCUGAGCAAAGAGAAGAAGACGCUCGUGAUUGGCCCCAACGCCAAGACGGCGACGUUUUGCGGCGGCGGCUCGGCCUCGCUGCUGCCCUACCGCGCCGUGUCGCCGCUGGAGGGCAUCACGGCCAAGGUCGGCGCGGCCAAUGUGGCCUACACGGUGGGCGCGUACGCGCACAAGGAUCUGCCGGACCUGGGGCCGCAGCUGACGACGACAGCGGACGGAUCGAAGCCAGGCUUCACGUUUGUCGUGAGCAACGAUCCGUUUGUGGAUGACGACCGGACGGAGCGAACGGUGAUCGACUCGCUCGCGUUUGCAUCGGCCAACAUGAUGUUUAUGGACUACAACAACGCGCGGCUGGCGGCGACGUGGUACGCCGCCAUCGACGGCUACCUGACGGCCGAUCGGACCGGCGACUUCGUGCUGGGCCUCUGCGUCUACGGGACCGCACAGCUCUUCCUGGACGGCCGCCUGCUGAUCGACGUGACCGAGCACCAGACACCCGGCUCGUCUUUUUUUGGCUGCGGCACGGCCGAGGAGACCGCCACGGCGCCGCUGGUUGCCGGUCAGACGUAUCACGUGCACGUGCGCUUUGGCAGCGCCAGCACCAGCCGACUGCGCCGGUCCGGCGUCUCGUUUGGCGGCGGCGCCAUCAAGCUGGGCGGUGCCUGGCUCAUGGAUGCCACAGCCGAGAUCGUCCGGGCAGCCGGCCUGGCGGCCGAGUACGACCAGGUCGUCGUCUGCGUCGGCCUGAACCAGGAUUGGGAAAGCGAGGGCUUCGAUCGACCGGAUAUGCGUCUUCCAGGUCACGUGGACGCCCUCGUGACCGCCGUCACCGCCGCCAACCCGCGCGCCGUCGUUGUUGUGCAGUCGGGCACGCCGGUCGAGAUGCCCUGGCGCGACCAGGCUGCCGGCCUGCUGCAGGCCUGGUACGGCGGCAACGAGACCGGCCACGGGCUCGCCGACGUGCUCUUCGGCGACGUCAAUCCGGCCGCCAAGCUGCCGCUCUCCUUUCCCGACCGCGUCCAGCACAACCCAGCUUACCUGCACUAUCGCUCUGAAGCCGGCCGCGUACUCUACGGCGAAGACAUCUACAUGGGCUACCGCUACUACGACUCCCUCGGCCUGCCCCUCGCCUUUCCCUUUGGCUUUGGCCUCAGCUACACCACCUUUGCCCUCGGCCCGCUGUCCCUCUACGUCCGCCAGCACGACCCCGCCAUCCGUCGUCCCACCAAGGAGCUCAAGGCCUUCCGUAAGGUCGCCGUCGCUGCCGGCCAGCUUGUCGAUGUCGCCCUCGACGUGUCGCUCAAGUACGCCUGCAGCUACUUUGACGAGCGUCGCGCCCAGUGGAUCUGUGAGGCUGGCCGGUACACUGUCUACGUGUCGACCAGCAGUCGUCUGGACGAGGGCCUCUUUGUCGAGACGUCUUUUGAGGUGCCAACCACGUUCUGGUGGAGUGGUUUGUAG